GAAGUCGCUAUCAAAUGAAAUGAAUAAAUUGGGUGGAAUAGCUGGUAUACUUAUUUUUGUAUCAUCACUCAUCGCCUACGCUGCGGAGACUGAGCUAGCACAAGUUGUUCAGUCACGGUUGGGCUACUCGAAACCGUACUUUAUGCUAUGGCUAGCCCAUUCUAGCUUUAGUUUCUGUCUACCUUUACACUUACUUCUCUUGAAGCUUACGUCUAGCGUACCAUCCAGACUUUAUCUCAGGGGGCUAGCACUGGCAACCCGCAAUGAACUCACCCCAGACGCACCACAGCCUUCAAUUGGCGCCGGCUUUUGGGAUAUCCUCCCAUUAAAGACCAGCUUAGUUAGAAUGUUUCUUCUCACGGGUCUGGCUACCUUCGCAGCUAUCUGCUGGUGGGUAUCUGUCAAGUACACGACCGUCGCAGAUCUCACUGCUAUUUGGAAUAGCUCGGCUUUCUGGGCAUACGUAUUUGCUGUGUACAUUCUCGGAGAAAAACUUCAGAAGUCGAAACUAGGCGCCGUCCUCUUGGCAUGCUCUGGUGUCGUACUCAUUGCUUAUGGCGGUGAAAGAUCCUCCCGCGAUGACCCGCUCGAAGAUGGUGAAGUGCGGCCAAAGUUCUCGGCGGUAUUGCUCGGUGAUUUACUGGUCUUCAUUGGCAGUGUCACAUUUGCACUGUUUGAAGUCUGUCUGAAAAAGUAUGCAAGUAUCUCAGAAAAUGAUGAUGAAAAGGAUGUUCUCGAUGACCAAUCAGACGCAUUUAGCUUUGGUAGCAUAGAAUCUGAUGAUGAUGUUGAAUCACAAAAGAAGGCUAACAGCCGCGAAAAUUUCCACGACAACGAAGAAAGCGAUGAACUAUAUAACAAAAAUAUACACGAACACGAAGAUGAAAUGAAUGAUACCCACAACGCUCAACGGCCGGGUUCAAUAACCCACUCAAAUUCCGCAUCACCACUGAUCAACAACGCUGACAGCGGUAAUGUUCAUCGGAUGCAAUUUGAGAGAACUGAAAGUUCUGCUAGUAUAUCCACAUUAGCGAUACACCCUCCUUUUGGCCUGUAUCCGAACCUUGUUAGUACGACGAUAGGAUUGAUUACAUUCUUCACCCUCUGGCUUCCGAUUCCAAUUUUACAUUGGAUUGGCUGGGAGAAGUUUGAAUUACCUCCAUCGGGUGUUGCUUAUGGAUACAUCACGGCAAUGAUAGCAUUCGGUAUGAUUUUCAAUGGUGCAUUUAUAGCAUUAUGUUUCAUAUGGGGUCCUGUGAUGGCAUCCGUCGGUUCGCUCCUCACAAUCGUAUUAGUACAGAUUGUUGAUGUACUUGUAAAUCACGUACCUCUCACACUAUUCAGUGUGCUGGGAGGCUCACUUAUUAUACUAGGUUUCGUUCUACUUGUAAUCACCUAAUAGUACUUCACGCAAGUCGCAUAUAAUAAGAACUGAAUUGAUAUAUUUGAUAGUUGCAUAUAAUAUACAAGAUAGCUACUACCUUGCGAUGCG